AUGGGCAUACCAUUGGACAAAGCUGAGUUCUUAGCUUUAUUUCUCGGAACUUUUUUCUAUGGCGUGUUCCUCACUUUGUACUGGUUCAUGCUAUUCGUCAUACUCAAGAAAUCCGGCAUUCAACGUCAAAUUCUUCUCCCAGUGGCAACCUUAUUGCUCUGCAUUUCAACGGCCCAUCUAAUCAUCGAUUUUGUUCGAGCGUUAGAGGCAUUCGUAUUCAAGGUGGAUGCUCUUGGUGCAGAUGCCUACUAUUCCGACCUUACUUCACCGUUGUAUAUCGCAUCAACGGCACUUUGCGUCACGCAAACUAUUCUCGCCGAUGGCGUAGUUGUUUGGCGAUGUUAUAUGCUCUACAACAAAAGCCUCUUGGUUGCCAUUCCUGGCUGUAUUGUACUCUUAGCCAAUGGGGCCACUGGAUGCUACGUUAUUUGGUCCCUAAGUCGUCCGCUGUCCCCCGUUGCUUCUGUUUGUAUUGUUAUAUUCGAUUCAUUGACCCUAUUUAACAGUGUUACCAGUACCAUUUUGAUUUCGUGGCGCAUCUAUCGCACUCGCCGUUUCCUGCCAGAGGGCCUUGCUGCUUUUUUACCCGUUCUCGUCGUUGUCGUUGAGAGCGGCACUUUAUAUGCCACGAGUAUGCUUAUGCUCCUUCUAACAUUCUUGAUCGGAUCCAACGGCCAAUACGUCAUGCUGGCCGUUAUCACUCCUAUUGUGGGGAUCACAUUCUGCCUCAUCAUUCUGCAAGUGCACUUCCACGUGGGUGGCAAUCCCCCGACCGAACAACGCACCGAAGCAAGGGGCAUCACCAGCCUCAUUAUGCAAGAGACCUAG